AGAUAUUGAGGAAUUUUAGGGUGGUACAACUGUAAAUGAAACUGCGCGCGCAAGGUGUACGCUGGUCGCUGAACGAUGGCGUGUUUUGCUAUGUGAGCUCUAUAAACUCCCGUGAAAAUGUGUGUUUGAAGUGUUAUGUAGUAGAAUUAAUAGUUCAAAUGGUGAAGAUUUUAAGUGACGAUUUUUCAUUUAGCUAACAUCACUUAAUUUGGGAUAAUGGAGUUGAAACUACAUUCUCCCGCUGGGGCUGAACCCGUAUUAUAUACCUGGCCGUUAACCUCUGGUCGUGGAAACGAUAAGCAUGACGGAGCUAUUGAAAUUGUCGAAACUAUUAGGUGGGUUUGUGAAGAUCUUCCAGAACUUAAACUACCAUUAGAGAACAACAUACUCUGUGAUUAUGACACUCGAAGUUAUGAGAGUAUGAAAUCACUUUGUGAUAGAUUCAAUAGAGCCAUUGACAGUGUUGUGGCUUUGGAGAAAGGUACAUCAUUGUCAGCUCAUCGCACUGCUAACUAUCCAUCCAGAGGUUUAUUGCGACAUAUCCUUCAACAAACCUACAAUGCUGCAGUGACAGAUCCAGAGAAGUUGAACCAGUAUGAACCAUUUUCCCCAGAAGUCUAUGGCGAAACGUCGUAUGACCUCGUAUGUCAGAUGAUAGAUCAGAUUGAAAUUACGUCAGAUGAUGUAUUCAUUGAUCUCGGCUCUGGGGUCGGACAAGUUGUCCUCCAGAUGGCAGCGGCUACACCGUGCAAAAGCUGUCUGGGAAUCGAACGAGCAGAAGUGCCUAGUCGUUAUGCCGAGAGUAUGAAUAGGAAUUUUCGUACUUGGAUGCAGUGGUAUGGAAAAAAGUAUGGAGAAUACAAACUUCUUAAAGGAGAUUUCUUGACAGAAGAACACAGAGAAAAAAUUAAUCAAGCAACUAUUGUUUUUGUUAACAAUUUUGCGUUUGGUCCAGCUGUGGAUCAUCAACUGAAGGAGAGGUUUGCUGAUUUGAAAGACGGCGCAAAAAUUGUUUCUUCUAAAAGUUUUUGUCCUCUAAAUUUUCGAAUAACGGACAGAAAUUUGAGUGAUAUUGGAACCAUUAUGCACGUAUCUGAAAUGUCGCCACUAAGAGGAUCAGUAUCGUGGACAGGAAAACCUGUUUCUUAUUAUUUGCACAUCAUAGAUCGUACCAAAUUGGAGAGAUACUUUCAGAGACUGAAGAAACCACAACUGAAGAACGGCGAAGAUGAUAAUUCAAAUUCGAAUUCAACUACCAUCAGUAACAGGGGAGCAAGAGAUAGAGCAAAAAGAGAUUUAUCCAAACAACUGAUGGAUUCGUCUUCAGAUUCAGAUUUCGACGAUCCUGAUAGUAGUUUUGGACCAACAACACGAAAAGCUUGGUCUGACUAUUGUUCCGUUAAAGGCAAAAGCAGUCAGUCUGAAGAUGAAACUUCAUCAGCAAAGAAUAAACGUCAGCCAAAGAAGUUAAGACGAAAGGUAAAUAGAGGCCCUAAAUCUGCCAUUCAACAGCAGCAAGAUAAAACUAACCAAAAAAUAGGGGCGAAACCUCGUAGAGGUCGUGUGAAGAAAGCUAAAACUAAAAAACAGAUAAAAAUAAAUGGAUUAGAUCUUUUACACAAUGAAACUCUGUUAAGUACUUCACCACAAGCUGCAGGAAAGAAACCUCCUCCAGCACCUGGCUGCGUUGACCAAAAACUGACCACAUUAAGUUCAGAUCUAAUAGUGCACAAUGAAUUGGAUAUUCCUGAACAACCCGCAGAAACUCCUUAUGGUUUGCAGGUUCUUCUGGAUAUGUUCAAAGGUCAGUAUAUGCAAAUGCUACAUCAAAUGAAAAAUCCGAAUUACAAAGUGAUGAUAGAUUCACAAAUUGAAGACGAAAAGGAGAGAAAUAGAAAGUUGAAAAGUCGUGCUGCACAAUUGGAAAAACAAAUUAAAGUUCUCAUUGAUGAUAGUGUGGCACUACUAAAAGCUAGGAUGUGCGAAUUGGGCAUUAAUGCUACUUCUCCUGUUGAUCUCUUAGCUAAAGCAAAGGAAAUUGUUUGUCGUCAUAAGGAACUUCAGGCGAAAGCUAGCAAACUACAAGGACAGGUAGCUAAUUUGGAGGCAGAAAGAGAUCAUUUGGUACUUCAAAGGCAAGCAGAAGUUUGUGAAAAAUAUGUUGGGUCAGUAGCUUCAGAUCUUUCCCCUAGUGUUGCCCAAGAUUAUAUAUUGAGAGAGAUAUCUUCAACUUUAGCACAUAGAAAGAAGCUUCAAAAUGAGGUAUCCAAAUUAGAAGGAGAUAUCAUUACUUUACAAAAAAGUGAAGAAAGGAAACAAGCACAGGUGCUAGCUGCCAGACAACAACAGCAGCCAGUGAAGGUCUCUAGAAAAUCCCGGGAGUAUAGAGCUCGUUCUCAAGAUUGGCCCGACGUACCAGACAUAGCAAAAAUAGAGGAACAAAAUCCUGAAAUUUUAGCACAGAAAAUUCUUGAAACGGGGAGGAAAAUAGAGGCUAGUAAAAUGUCUGCUAUUAACAAUAAAGUGCCUCAAAUACUUAGCAACUCCUCCAAAUCUUUGCAAAGCACAUAUAACCAUCAAAAUCACCAAAAAUCAUUAGUACGUAAUAAUAUGCCUGCUCCUAUGCCUAUGACAAAACGGCAGAAAACUACUCACAGUUAUCCAACAGGAAAUAUAUCCAACGUUCAAAUCAACAACAAUAUUGUGAAGGGACAGGAACCACCUCGAUUAACAAAUUUUGAAGAUCGAUUGAAAAGUAUAAUCACUUCAGUAUUAAAUGAGGAUGUUCAAAAUAGACCUAAACCAAGCCAAGCACCCGUUCUUCAGUACAAUACUCAAGUGAAUCACGAGAGACAUUUAAAUUCAGAUAGACAUUUGAAUCAAGAUAGGCAUAUAUCACAUGACCGACAUUUAAAUCCUGAAAGGCAUUUGAAUACCGAGAGACAGAUAAACUCUGAAAGACACAUCAACUCAGAUAGACAUCUGCAUUCAGACAGGCAUUCGAAUUCUGAUAGGCUUUUAAAUGUUGAUCGAAGUUUAAAUCCUGAGCAACCAGAUUACACCCAAGUCUCUCCCGCUAAAUUGGCGCUUCGUAGACAUCUUUCUCAAGAGAAAUUAGCACAUCAACAAUUGCCCUAUACCCCUACAGAUGGUAUAUUGGCGACAAGAACAAUUGGGGACUUAAUGUCGGGUGAAAUUGAACGAACACUUGAAAUAUCCAAUCAAUCAAUAAUAAAUGCAGCAGUUGAUAUGAGUGAUAUCCAAGGUACUGCUACAUUGUCAUCUAGAUCAGUUGUUAAUGCAAAUUUGCCUCCCCGUCCAGAAAGAGUGAACGUUAAAGUGCCUAACUCAGAACCACCCCCUACACCUAAAGAUCCUGAACCAGUUACAAGACAACAAGUGUAUAGUCCCAUUUCCCGACCGUCUUCCACUGAAGGACUUGAAGGAUUGGCCUACAUGCAUUCCCAUUCUAAAUAUGUAAACCCGCCCCAACCUAGUCCGAGGCAACAAUAUUCCCCUCGAACAACAGUUUUAUACCCUACACAACCUCGAACAAAUUCGGUUAACUCUACGUAUUCGAAUGACAUGUAUACACCUCUUCCACGCGCUGAUAUCAAACCUUAUCACGAAUCCUACUUUAAUGACAUCAAAUCACCGGCCCGUGUAGAGCCCGAGUCUAGAAAUGGAUUUGUGGCAGAGGGCUUAGCUGCUACCUUGCAGUCAAGAGCACUUGGAGCUUCUAUAAAGGAAGAAGUUGAUAUGUAUGAGAGAAGACAAACUUUCGGUCAACAGGGAUUGAUGACGAACGCCACUGUGUACAUAGAACAAACUAAUAAUGUCAAAACAGAAAACAGCGAAGGUGCAUUUAAGCGAGAAUCGCCUAUUGUUCAAGGAGGAGAUGUCGACGUAGUUGAAGAAGAGAGUGAAGAAUCGAAAUGGCAAGAUCGAAUAUCUUCAGGCUUUGAUCGUUUGGUGGCAUUCGCUUCAACCGAGUUAGAUAAACGACGCAGGUCUACUGAAGGGAAUGAUAGUUGCAAUACCUCACCAGACUCUGGCAUCGGCCACGGCCAUGGAGAUAUUCCCCCUAAUACUAUAGUCGCUCCUACAAAGCAACAGCUAAAGCUCAAUCCCAACUCCAAACCCACCCUGUUUAAAAUGCCCACAAGUAAGACGUACCUUGACUCUCCACCUAUUUCAGAACAAGGUACCGACGAAUUGGGCCCUCCUCGUACACCCUCUCCUUCUUCUCCUGUUCGCUCUAAUAGUUUAUCAAUAAACUUUAGUCCAGAACCAGUACCUGUUGAAAAAAGUCCCACUAGAUUGAACCCCGCGCUAUUAAAGUACCAGAGAUAUCCCGAAGAUAAAAAAAAACAUGAUACCCACUUCAAAAAGAAGUUUUACUACAGAGAAUGGAGGUAUGACAGUUGGACCAAGGAAGAAAGGAAUGAUUGUGAUUCCAUGUAAUGCCAAAAUUAUUUUAACUGCUAAGCAGGAAAGUCUAAAGUAUUUUAAGUCUUUAUUAUUUCAAUUCAAUUGAAAAUAGUGAAGCUUUAAGUUUUAAUAGUUGUUAAAAGCUGUAAGUUAAUGCACGUAAUUGCAACUAUGCAUAAGCAUAAGCAUAAAUAUAGCAAUUGAUAUAAUGUAAAUAUUGUGAUAUUAGGAGCCUGAUUUCCCAUCACAUUGAGUCUGAAUUUACAACAAUUUUAAUAUUUUAAAAUUUUAAUAAGGUCAAAAAUAGUGAACAUUUUUUUGAUGGGGCAAUUAUAUCAGUGCAGUCUUUAGGGAUAGUUAUUAUUAUUAAUAAAAUAAGUCUAAACACAUUUUGAAUAGCUUUUAACAAUUUUUCUUAUCAACACAACAUAAUAUUAAGAAAUAGUUAUACAAAAUAUGAAAGAAUGUGAAAUAGGUGGAUAGCUGGAUGAAUAACAAGAGAAAAAUAUUAUUUUUCAGAGCAACAUAGGGUAUUGAAUAAUUUUUUUAAAUGUACUUGUCUUUCCCUAUAUAAUAAUUACACCUUUAGUUUGCAAUAGAAAAUAUAACAGAAUUCGUGUUGUUCACUUACUCACAUAAGAUAAAUAACAUCACACCCACACGAUAAGAAACGUGUAAUUUCUUAUAUCAUAUGAAGAGGAAAUGGCAUAUUAUGUCUCCGUCACAGAAGCAUCAAGUAAUUAUUUGUAAGUUGUUGAUUAUGCUGAUAUGCAUUAUUUGCAAUGCUGUAUGGUUUUUAUAAAUAACUAUUAUAUUAAAUUGGCAGUUAGCUAAAAAAUAGAUACACACUUUACCAAAACCUUUCCAUUCGAUUUUCUUCAUCAUCCAGGGUAUUUCAUUGAGCUGGAUAUUUGAUUGACUUGGUUUUGUUUGUAGACUGUCUGUUCACUAGAACACCAUAAGUUGUAAGAGGAUGACUUAAUUUCCUAGAUAUUGGAUAUUAUACAGGGAAGUAACAGGGCUAAGGUUUAGGUGAGUAAGCAAAUGCACUAUUUUAUUAUCUAACCAGAAUAUGUUAAAUAGUACAUUUCAAAACAAGAUACGUUUUUAAACUUUUGAUAUCAAUAGUAGCAGACAAUGAUGACCAAUUUGUUGUGCUUUGCAAAAGUAGAUUCAAAUAUUGCUUUACCAUAUCCAUUUCCUUAGAAACCUCUAAUUCCAAAAUGUGGACCCUAUUAAAAGAGUAGAUUCAAAAAUUGGAUUGAAUUUGGUUCCAUUUUUAAAAUUCACAUUUAUUUUGAAAAAAAUUCCUGAAAUAUAUCGUUGCAGUUAUUCAAAGUCCAAGAUUUAAUCUAAAAUGAUUAGUAUACUUGUAUAUUUAGGAAAUGUUGGAAAAAUUAUUUAGCUUAAAAUAACGUUAAGUUGCAUGUAAUUCAUACUCAAUGGUGGAAGAUUUAAUUUCAAAAAUGUUAUCAUUAAGUUAGUUUCAAAAAGCUUGGAUUGACAUAUUAAAAAAAGUUAUAAUGAAAUUGAACAAAUCUCUCUUCAAUAAACUAAAAGUUGAACAAUACUAAAAAAACCUCUACAUAUAGCAUACAUAUAUAUGUUUAGUUAACAUCACAAUAUUUCUAGACUUUCUAUUACUAAAACAAUUCCAAGCCGUGAUAGUACAACAACCAUUUUCAUAGUAGCCUCUGAUGCCCUCUUCCCUUUCCUCCAAAAUUUUAAAACAUUUUUUUCCGUUCGUUUUUGUGUGGUUUUUUGUAUAUCGCUACAAAUAAAUUUGUGGUUUCGAUUUGUUCUAUUCGAUUUUACCUUGAAGUUUCAGUUUUCAAUUUUUAGGAUAUUUUCUAAGAAUAAUAAAUUUUCGAAAAACUCGCAAUUUGUUGGAUGUGAUUAUACUUCUACUACAAACAGAUUUUUUGCUAUAAAUAAACCGUUUACCUAACUAUUUAAUAUUACAUUUUUCAUUCUCCCUAAUUAAACCUUUUCAAAUGAAAAUAUUAACAUUUCUAUUAAAAAAUUCAUACUUUUAGCUUUUGACAAAUAUAUUUAAUGUACAUUUACAAUAUAGUUCGUAGAUGAAAAUUUAAAUAGUUCCAUUUCAAGGUUAAGUAUAUUGGUUAUAGUCAAGCCAUAAAAAUGAGCGAUUCAAAAUCGCUCAUAAUAAAAGGCGUGCGUAUUAAGUCGUGAGAGGCUAAAAACUAAAUAAAAUAAAUUGUUAAUUAUUGUCACAAACUAGGAAAUCUCUGAAUACCUCAAUAAUGAAUAAUCAAGUUUCAAAGUUUGGAACUAAUGUUAGUAAGUGUUAACAUGUACAUGUUAACAUGUUAUACGUGUAAAAUAGAAAACUCGAAUAGUAGAUUUACGAGAAUAACACAUGAAUUUCCGUCUAACCUUCAUCAGGUUCGUCAAUACCAUUCAGUAAAAAUAAUGGUUCGAUGUUUUUCUGAAUCCGGUUUUCUAAGUGUCACGUUUUCUGUUCUUUUUUCAGAACGUGAUUGACGCAUUUAUUCCAGUUUUCAGUAGAAACUAUUUUACAGGCUUCUUGCAAGUAAUGUUGUGCUUCCAAACUUUUAAAUGUUUCAUGCCACUUGUCUUUUCACUGAUUCAUUUUAUGGGAUUUAAUUCGCAAUCUAAAUACUGCAAUUUCUUUAGUUUAUGCCAUUUCGUCUACAGAAAAUUUUUAUAUUUGUGAGUAUGUAGAUUUGAAAUUUUCAAUAAUAAGAAUACGAAUACAAAAGAUAUAUAUUUCACUCUUAUACCACUAUCCUAUUUAUGAGAUAAAGACGCCUAUACUAUUUCAUACAGCAUUUCCACGCGUUUUACAUUUUUACAAACCGACUACUUAUAUUUUUUUUAAUCUCCGUUUGUGUUAUAAAUCUUUAAAAUAGGAUUGAGAUGCAACAAUGCAAGAUCGAACUUUCCUACAUUUAUGGUUCGACCACCAAUUUUGGCAGCACUGAAAAAUUAUACUAAGAAUAUAGACUUUAUCAAUUUAUACACUGCCAAAGUAGAUAUUACUGUUUUUAAAAUCGUUAUUAACCAAAUAGACCUUUCAUAAUUGGCAUAUGUAUGUAGUAUUUAUUUAAGGGAAAUAAUUUUACCUUACUCAAGAAUUUUUUCUAGCUAUUAUAUUUGUUUGUUAAUUGAACAACUUCUUUGACAAGAAGAUUCCUCAGCUUUAAGAUUUUAUGGAAUUUUUUAUGUUCUUCUAAUGAAAAAUGACGAAACUAGUUCAAUUGUUAAAUUGAAUGGUGAAAUUUUCUACUGGAUAUUGUUCAAUAUGAUAUAUGAAAUGCAAUGGUUUCAAAUCUUAAUAUUUAUUGAAUUCAAUUUUAAAUAAAAAAAGAAUUUUCAAUUUAAAUAUAAAGAAUUUCAUUAAAAAAGAAAUAGGAAGAUGAAAAAUCAAAUAUCAUGUUAAAACAUCUCAUAAUUACCUUUAAGCUGAAUUCUAGGAUCCCAAUUAUUAUUACUCACGAAUCUUUUACAUUGGAAAAUAUUAGUUUUAGAAUAAAUAUGUACCUGGCUUCAAUUUUUUUAAAAUCUGAUUACUGCCAUAUAUUGGGUGAGCUAUAUAAACAUCGUAUUGAAGUAUCAAGCAAUGGUCUGUUUUUAUUGAAAAAAUGUACUGUAGACUUUCACGCUUUUGUUGGUUUACUUCUAUGGUCAUAAAUAAGGCAGACUGUAAUUUUAAAAUGCACCAACGUUAAUUCUUGGGUGCAAGACAACGACUGCAAUUUUGUGUUCAAUGUUAAAUUUAGAAAAAACAUUAAUUUAAUUGGUAUAAUUAAUUUCAACUAUCAGGCGAGUCCAAAAUUUUGGUAACUUUUAAUUAGUUUCAUGUAUAUGUUUCUCACAUCCCGCCAAAAAUAUUUUUUUGGUUUAACCGAUCAUAUUUGUUCGUUGUUUAAAGUUAUGUAAUCAUGUAGAUAUUGAAAUCAUAUUAUUUGAAAUCGAAAGUUAAUCAUUGAUGUUUUUAACUAGUUUAUAUAUUAUUGCAUGGACGAUAAAUAAUGGAAAUCUUAUUCUACAGACGUCCAACUUAGUUUCAUAUUAACAUUUUUUAUGAGACAAUCUUCUAUAAAGUUUAUACACUAUAACUAUAAAAUUGAUAAUACAUGUCAUACAUACAUACUCUUGAUUCAUACACAGAUUUAAGACUCCCCAAGUACACACCGUUCUAACUAUCAUUAUAAGUUUUUUACUGUUUUAUUGUUAUUAUUAUUAAAGAAUGAAACAAUUUGAAAAAUAAUAAACUGAAUAGAAGAAGAUUGAAGCUAGUUUUUAAACCCGAUAAAAGCCUUUCGUAUUGGUAAUCUUCAUACAAUUUCCAAGGAAAGAUGGUGGUUUUUUAUAUAAAUUCAAGUUGACAGCUAAAGUCAAUAAUAUAUUAGAAAUUGAACUAAAAUUUAUAUUCGGAACCUUCUCUUCUAUACCUCUACUAGCAAGUUGAAGAAAUUUGCAAAAAAUUUACUACGAAUCGAGACUGUUCACAAUAUAGGGGAUGGCUGACCAAAAUCGGGGGCCCAAACAUGUGCUACAUGAAAAACAUAGGCGAUGUGUAUAUAAGGAGUAUUUAAUCUAUCACUCAACUAUUAGUCAUUUUAACUGUAACAAACUACUUUUUCACAACAUUUUACAGACAAAUAAUUUAAAAAUAAUUGAUUUUCAAUUUUCAAAAUAGAAACUCAAUGACUUAAUUUAUGCCUAAACUAAACUAUACGUUUUCAGUAAUAAUGCAAAUUAUCCUCAAUAAUUUUUUCUUAUUUUUGUUUCCAAUUGUUGAUUAAUUUUUUUUCACACUGCGAUUUCCAUGAUUUGUGUUUAGUAUACCUAAAAAAUCAAGGUUCUGACUUGUUACCUUUAAUAAUACUUUCCAUUUCAACUUACAUGAUGUUAAACCAUUGUUACAUGUGCGUCUAAUAAACGUUAUAAAAGUUCCAGUCAUGUUGAUCGAUAGUACAAAUACUGAAAGUGGUAUUAAGGGUUUCCAAAUAUUUGGGCCACCCUGUAUAAGCGAAUGAUGUACAAUUGUAUUCAUUAUCACUGCCUUUAACAAGAUUCAUCUCGUAUUGCUUCUAAAUUAUUGCAUUUAAUUUAUUCAUGUAUAAAAAUUGUAUAUUAUUUAUAAUAUAAAAUGUACAUAUAACCUAGAUAUAAUUGAAAAAAUUUAGUACAACUUUUGUAUAUAGUCUUAGAUCAUUUUUAGACAUUUAGGUAAAUUAAUAAUACUGAGUAUUUCCAGUUUGGAGUUUUUUCAGAAUUAGGGCAUACAUGGUAGCAGUAUAGUUAAGUUACUCAUUAAAUAAUUUACUUUAUUCAUAAUAUUUUUUGCGUACAAGUGUUUCUACUGCCACUUUUAUCUAAGUUAACCAUUCAAUGAAUUCUUGUCACAAAAUUACAAACAUUUUUUAGAAUAUUUGUCAUAAUUUUGAAGGUUUUUAUAAGAAUAAAACAUUGGCAUUUUAAGUUUUAUUUUUAUUUCAUAUCGGUUAUGUUGACACUAAAACAUACUUUUGUGUUUCUUUAUUAGCAAAACCUUUUAUUUAAAUAUGUAUCAAAAGUGUUCCGAGAUAUUUAAUGUAACAUAUUUUGAAUUUCACCUUCAGUUUUGUGAUAGUUCUAACACUGUUUUAAAUUAGUAUAAUUUCAUUUCGUUUUUAAGUCUUAUUGUAAUAGUGUCUGCAACUUUUGUGGCAAGUGUUUGUAAGGUUGGCUUAUUGACAAAAUUAUAUUGUAUCCUUUACACCAGUUGUGACCAUUUAUUUGUGUGAGAUGUACAGAGUAAACUAAAAGUUAUGUUGAACAAUGUAAGUUUUUAUUUUAUUGAAACGCAUUUAGCCAGUUUAAUAUAUUUAUGCGCUUUAUGAUGAUAAGGCUUUUACUUCUUCAUUAUUUUUCCAAUUAUCAUUGAUGUGGUCGAAAAAUGACGGAAUCUUAAAAAGAAAAUGUUUUUUUUUUUGUGGUUUUAUAUUUAUUGUUUUAUCUCUUGUUUAUUCAUUGAUUUAUAUAUUGUCACGUUUACUUUUGAGUUUUAUGUUACAACCCUUAUAACAAUAUGAUUUUCGUUAUAAUAAAAGUUAUCCAAUUUCCUUUUUAGUUUAAUUACAUAUUAGUUUACCUCACUAGAACAAUCAAAUCAUAAUAUGCAUCAUUAUUUCUGAAGAUGUUUGCCAUGGAUUCUUAAUUAAUAACGCCUUUUCAUUUAUGUUUGGAAUUGGAAAUUCUUUGAUUGUAUAAAAGUUUAUUUAUUGGAAAACAUUUUGUCAACAUUUACAGAAUAUGUGCAAGUUAAAUGUUGGAAUAUAUAGUUCAUAAAAGCAACAACAUCUCUGACUAGUUUUAAUGCGGAAUGUAUUGAAAAGUGUUCCAAAUAACUUCUAUCUAUGAAUGGUAGUACAUUAUUUAAUCUGGGUUUUUAUCACACGCAAUGAAUUUAUGUUGAUAAUAAGACUUACUUUUACUAAGCACUUUUAGUUGUUUUUGUUGAUUAUAUACUCUUCCUAACGCCUAUUUAGAGUAAUGGUAUAUUUGUUAGCCUGGAUUCUUCUCGGUCAAAGUUGACUGUUUAAGGAAUAUGUAGAAGAUUAUGAACUGCAUACUCUGGUUUUUAGUUGCAUCUCCGCGAAAAUAUAACUGUGGAAGAUUUAAAAAGUUGAUAUUCAUAUUAUAAAUCAAUGAAUAGAUAACGCUCCAAGAGCAAGGAAAUAUCUUUCUAGUGUGAACUAGUUAUUUUAUUAUUAUUAUUUCACAAUUUGGGAUUACGCCUUUGCAAGGAUGAUAGUCUAGAAUGAUACAGUAUAAAAAGUUUUUUUUUAAUUCUUAGUAUUGUCUCUAUUUUCUGUGUUUCGAAGAUACGUAGAUUUCUUUGUGCUUUAUGAUGUGAAGACAGUAGCUUGAAAAUAUCCCAAUAUUUUUGUCUAUUAAAAAUAAUAAUUAGUAAGUAAUGCUGCCUAUCGAUAGUUUCACAAUGUUUAUUUAAAUCAAGAUUGUAGUACAUAAUUUUAUCGACAGUUCAUGGUACCUUACCUUACCAUAAAGGGUUGCAUGGAAUUUACCAGAUUAUUUAAUAAAAUAAAUUACAGCAAAAAUAUUAUUUACUAUACAAAAUAAGCUUCAAGUUUUGUCGAUGUUAAUGUUGCUUAUUCGAUUUUUACAUCUUGCAUAUACAAAACGAUGUGAGAUUCUGGAUUAAUUAAUUAUUACUUCACCUAACGUACAAUACGUCCCUUUAUUUUCUCUAUUCAAAUUCAAAGUAGCAAAAUGUUGAUAACUCAUCGACUGUAGUUUUACCAUCAGUGUAUCUAUACCUGAGAUACUCUUUAUAGUAAGUUGUGAAUGAUACUGAGACAAUCUAUAGGAUAAUUCAGUUUGGGACGAAUAUUGUCAAGUAGGUCAGUCUAUAUUAUAAACAUAAACUAAAAUUCUAACCAACCAUAUCAACAAUCUGACUAUGAAUUUACAGUCUCAAUGUUUGUGAAAAUAAUUGAAGCUACGAAUUAUAUAGAAAAAAUAUUUGGAAACAAUCAUAGCGCGACGAUUUUUGAAAAAUAAUUGUAUUGUUUACUCUGUACAUUAUUUAUUGGUGAUAUUCUUGUGCUUAUUUCUAUUUUAUGUUUUCUGUUAUAGUUUUAAAUUCAUUACAAUUUUUGUCAUUAUGUUGUUAUAAUUACUUAUAUCAUAGUCUAUUUUUUUAGUGCUAUAUUAAGAUUUUUUAAACAGUUCUGUUUCUUAAAUUUUAUUACAUCGGCUUAUAUUCAGUUUGUUAUACUUUUCACAUUUUCUUUCCAUUUUCAUUAGCAAUAUCUAACCAAAGGAGAAUUUUACCAAGUCUUAUUACAAAAUACUGAAAGAUAGAAGCGUAUGAAAAAAUUUAUAGGCUUAGUUUAUUUAUGAAAAUGGCCAUCAAAUCUUUUAAAAAGUUGAUAAAUUUUAUAAAUGUUCAUAGUGCCUAUAAUCUAUUCCAAAAGGGAGAUAGAGGUUCAUAAGAUCUAUUUAGAUGUUAUUAUAAUUUAGUUAGUAUAAUUUAUGAGGAACAAAUUUGCCAGUGACUCCAAUAUUAAACUUAUAUUUGUUGUAAAUACAAUCUUAUACACUUUGAUCAACAAAUUCUGAAAAUUCUUUUUUCACCGAGAAAAAAUGAUCAGUUGUCCUCAAGUUUGGAAAAAGUAAAUAUAGGUAUGUUCUGUAUAUGAUAGAAACCAUUAUACCAAAAAUAAUUCAUCAUAAUAGAGUAUUUACGAUUUUGGUUUGUUGAUAUCUUUGAACUGCCAGAGUUUUAUUUAAAUCUGAUGAAAACGAUAACGAUCUUCCUAUCUGAUAGUUUUUGAAUUCGGUAUUUUUGUUAAUUAAGAUCUCUUUUUUUCUACACAAUUUACUUGAAAUGUAAUAACAGAACAAUUUCGUGUAGAAACUACUAAAACUUAAGUUAUUCAUAAAAUGUAUCUUGAAUCAAUUCACCGCUAUAAACUAAGUUUUUUAUUUGAAGAUUAUAUAAUCCUAAUUCUGGAACCUAUUCUAGAUUAUUUUCUAGGAUAUAUAUUUUAUUACAUUUUUUCCAAUAAGCGUUCAUGUUCAAUCACCUUACCUGAAAUUUGCAUUUGUAUGGCAUAUUAAGUAUGUAUUAACAUUUUUUUCCUGAGUAAUUGUGUGUUGUCUAACAAGAUACAAGAUACUCACAGAUUUUAGAUUAUAUUUAUUAUAACUGUAAUUGAGCGUCAUUUUUUGUCACUCCUCGGACAUAAUCUUACAGGAAAUUGAUGAAAUUUAAAUAUAUUUUUAUCAAAAAAAGUGGAUGAUGAUAUUGUCUUUUAUAUAUAGUAAUGACUAUACUUGUAUUGGAAUGGAUAUGUAGAUUUUCAAAAUUUUAACAGAUUUGAUUUAACGCCUAUUACCUAAAAGGAGAGAAAUUUUAUUUAGGUAUUGAUUUGAUUUUCUGUAGUAAUAGUUAUUAUUAUGAGUAAAAUAACUAAAUCGUGGUUCAAACACCAAAGUUGCAAUAUAUUCUGAACUGAAGAUUCAUUUUGUAUUUUUAUUAUCAUUGGGUUUAGAAAUACAAAUCAGCAACACAUAUUUUUUUGGAUAACCAACAUAACUAUUUUGAAUGUGAAUAAGUCUAGGAAUAGAUUGUAUGUUAUAUGUAUUGAAUAAGUCGGUAAAUAUGGUAUCACCUACUGCCAAUUAUUUAAUAAAUAUGUAUAUGUAUUAAA